UUUCACAGUGAUUUCACAGAUUUUCAAGACAGUUGCACUCAGUGUGGACCGGUGUUGCACUAGUUUUCCCAGUGGAAAACGCUAUAAUAAUAAGUGAUGACACUGGGAGAGGGAACCGUGUUGUUGUUGUUGGUCUGAUUGUUGGCUCCCGAUCCAAUCACUGGAUCGACACGGCCAAAAGGGAACCGUGUAUUACGAGAUACCCGGUAUAACGUAUAACGUGCACUCGGCAUGCGCACUGCCUCGUGGUUGGUUGGCAAGGAUCUCGGCAACGUGCACCGCACGUUGGCACGUUACGAGGGACGAAACGUUUGGGCGACCGAUCUCGUUGGAUUACCGGACCCUCCACACAAAUCCGCGCCGCCGACGACGAUGAGCAACGAACUUACGUUAGACGAGUUUCCCGCUUUGGGGUCGAGACAUGUUUACAUCAGGGACAAGGCUGCGCUCCAGAGGACGAUAAAUACGUUACGGCAGGGCGGCGCGAACAAUCUGCAAGUUGUCACGGAUUUCGACUUAACCAUUACGAAGCAACACAUAAACGGCAGGCAUGUACUGAGUAGCUUUGGAAUGUUCCGAAAGUGCAAGCAAUUGCCACAGCAGUAUUUGGACGAGGCCAAGCAUCUGUACAACAAGUACAGACCCAUGGAGAUAGACCCAGACAUGCCGGUGAGCGAGAAGGCGGACGCUAUGCGCGAUUGGAUGACCGCCGCGCAAAACUUAUUAAAGGGUAUCGAGUUCGAUUCUCACGAAUUGGAGGAGGUAGCCCGCACGUUCGACGACAUAUUGCGCGACGGCACCGAAGAACUUUUUGAGAAACUGUACAACGCGAGUAUACCAAUCGUAGUGUUUAGCGCCGGUCUGGGCGACAUAGUGGAGGCUGUGUUGAGGUACCACAAUGCUCUCUUCGAUAAUGUAAAAGUAAUCUCCAACUUUCUCAAGUAUAACGGAAAUCAAUUGGAUGGAUUUAAGAACGACGUGCUCAUACACGUGUAUAACAAGAAUGAGUGCGCGCUGGCGAAAGAUUAUCUGAAGAUACUUCAAAAGAGACAGAAUGUGUUGCUGAUGGGCGACACGAUCGGUGACGCCAGCAUGGUGGAGGGAAUAGAGGACACUAACGUGAUCCUGAAAAUCGGAUUCCUUUACGAGCACGUGGAGGCUAGCUUGGACUCGUUUAUGGAACACUUCGACAUCGUGCUCGUCGACGAUCAGACGAUGCGGGUGCCGAUGGAGAUACUGCAAUCCGUCUUGUAAUACCGCCUAAGUCGAUGCUCUCUCUCUCUCUAUUGUUUUUAUCCGCGUGUACAUGUGCGCAUCUACAAAGGUGUAAACGUCACGCAGACGUGAUCGCUCCGUAACUCAAAAUACGGAAAAUAACUUAUUUUACAAUCUUAACAUAUCUUGCAACGUAAAUUUCCGAGUAUAUUUUUAAUAAUGGCGUAUUGGCGCAAUGCGGAUAAGCUGGAGUUAUUGCUAUAAGUUGACGCUGGUAAAAGAUAUAUAUUUUGACGGUGUGUGCGUUUUAAACUUUUUCUUUAACUUAAGCUGACAAGUCCGGAGACGUACCGUUUAUAAAUUUUAUAAAUCUACAUGUGCGCGAGUGUGCGCGGCUGAUCGCGAUAUAUGAUGUAGUGUCGUCUAUAUUGUAAUGUUGAUCGAAGUUGGAACUUUGCGCGAACACUCAGCACUGUGGUGUCGACACCGAAGUAUAGAACAUUCUGUAUUUUUAUCAAGUACUUUUGCCAGUUGUAUCUAACGCUAGUAUCCCAAAAUGUUACAACUACUGCGUCAGAAAAAAGGGAUGAAUAUCUUGAUUCUUAAUUCUAAGCGCUCGAAUUGUAAAUCUCUAGAGAUCAAGGUUAAUGUCCAAUUAUGCUCAAUGUUAAGCAGUCAGAUUGUUGAAAAUUAAGUGUUAAGUCUCUUAAAGAAUUAAAUAAGCGUGAGAGAA